AUGCAACCAAACGACAGAGAAGAAAAUAGAGACCGAGAGCUGGUUCUCAGACAUCAACACACCCACUCUGAAUCCCGAAGUCUGAUCCCAAUGUGGGAUAGCGCAGACCCGGGUAGAGCUCCACCCCCUCUACCUCUGAACCCAGGCGGCCCAAACAGUCCUGUAACUCGACCAAAUGCCUCUGCUACAGUACAAGCUGCUGCGGCUGCACUGGCAGAAAAAAGCCAAGAAACAACCCCAAGCUCUUACACGGUCAAUCCUAUGCCAUUGAAACUUCCGUCUCCUGAGAAGUCCUUGAUAAAGGGCCAAUAUCAUAAACGGAUGCAGUCCCUGCAAAAUGCGACAAAUAGUAACGAAUUUGCUUCUUACCUUGAGCGCCGUUCGUCACCCGAAAAAUUUAGGCGUAACAGCAUAUUUGACCGGGAUGAUAAGAGCAAUGAGACGACUCCUACUCGAGGAGGAGGCACCAUUGAUUCAACCACGCCAAAUCAUGAAUCUCCGACGCAGGCCCGAAUUUCGAGCAGAUAUCUCACCAAGCCUAUACUUGGAGAGAAUACACCUCCAUCUGCUACGAUGUUGGCAUUGCGAGAUAUGCAGAUUCCAAUGGACUUGGCCAUGCCUGCGGAGACGACCCCAACCAAACCUGAAAAACCUGCAAGAGCGCCUGAGAGUUUCGAUGCUUUGUCGGCUCAGAUUGUCAGCUUAACUAAAAUUGCUACCUCUUUGCAGCAAGAAAUGAGCCAGUUGAGCCGUCGUACAACUGGAGGCUUCAUUCUUGAUAGUAAAGCUCAUGAAUCAUCUCCAAGCUCACGGAAAAGUUUUUCGGGUCCCCGAAUGUCGAGCCCCGGUAGUUUUGCAGCAGCUUUGGAGAGAGAUCUCGCCACUUCCCCAGGACCUAUAUCUGACGGGUCAGCUAGUAUUGCGCUCUUAGAGAAAGUGUUGCGUGAAAUGGCCACAAAAGAAGGACAAGAAAAAUUGUUAACCCUCAUGGAAGAUGUGCAAGCACGCCCUGCCGAAAAGGAUAAUACAAUGACGACUAUGCUGUCGGAAAUUCUCAACCUUGUCAAGGAGAAUUCUGGAAGCCGUGCUUUGGUCCGUUCAAGAGGGGAUAUGGGAAGCCAGCUUUUCAGUGACAAAACCCAAACUCCUGACCUUGGUCGGGGUACUCGGUCUAGUUCAACGGGUCCGGAUACCUCUCCAACCCCUCAGCGUAAUACCUCAGGAAAUUCAAGUGUCGCCUUUCGAGCAACAAGCCCUUUGUCAGACGAUAUGAUGGCUAUGCUUAAGCGUGUCAAACAUAGUGUUGCAGAAGCUGGUGGUAUAACUAGCGAAGUUAAAGCACUUGUUCGUGAGCUCCGUGGUGAAGUUUUGGGCAUGGGCCGGGACAUUGCCCGGAAGCUGGAAGAAAGCCAAGGAGAUAGAUCACUGGGCGAUCAGACAUCUUCAGGGCCUGGGAAGGAAGAGAUCGAGCAAAUCGUUACAGAGGCCUUAGGAGACCUGCGGCAGCAGAUGGAACAUAUAAUCCAGGAAAGUACGCGCAAUUCUACUUCGACCGCCCUCGCACGCCCUAUCCCCGACAGUCAAGAGAUCUAUUCCGUUGUUAAGCGUGCCCUUAACGAAAUACCUCUUCCCCAACCACAACUCCCUGCUCCAGAAAAUGAGCCUGGUAUACAGAGAGACGAAAUCCUGGAAACUGUGAGGGAAGCCUGGGAAACGUAUAAGCCCGAAAUUGAGCUACAAAACUUUGGUCUCGAGAGGGAGGAGAUUCUGGAGUGCCUUACAGAAGGCCUAAAAGCCUACCAGCCGCAAAAAGAACCGGUUGACCCAGAGGCAGUCUAUCAGCAGGUCCUUGAUGCUGUCCAUAAUGAAUUAGAGAACUUUAAACCCCCACAGAUUCAGCCCGAUAUCUCCAGCAUCCGUGAGGUAGUUGUGGGUGCAGUUCAAGAAUGCCUGGAGGGUAUAGAGUGGCCUGCUCCACAGGUUAUGGAGAAUGAAGACUCACUCAAGCGAGAUGAUGUGCUAAACGCAGUACAAGAAGGGCUGUCUUUCCAGGAAACCCUCAAACGCGACGAUGUCUUAAGUGCAGUUCAAGAAUGCCUAGAAGGCAUUGAAUGGCCUGCUCCACAGGUUAUAGAGAAGGAAGACUCGCUCAAACGGGAUGAUGUCUUGAACGCGGUGCAAGAGGGGCUGUCAUUUCAGGAAACUCUCAAACGUGACGACGUCUUAAGCGCUGUACAGGAAGGACUCGCUCUUCAAGAACCACUCAAACAUGAUGAUGUUGUCACCGCUGUACAGGAAGUUAUGGCCCUCCAGGAAGCUGUAAAACGAGACGAUGUCGUGAGCGCUGUGCAGGAAGGGUUCGCAUUACUAGAACCGCUCAAAAAGGACGAUGUCUUCGGUGCUGUCCAGGAAGGAUUAUCAUCACUCCCGCAACCAAUUCAACGGGAUGACGUCCUAGGUGCGCUACAGGAAGCCCUUGCAUCUCAGGAGCCCAUCAAGAAAGAUGAUAUUUUGAGUGCAGUACAGGAAGGGUUAGCGGCCCAGGAGCCAAUUAAACGUGACGAUAUCUUGAGUGCGGUUCAAGAAGGCCUUGCAAGCCAGGAGGCGCAGCCAAGGGAAGUAGAGAUCAAUCGUGACGAUAUUUUUGAGGCUCUAAGAUUGGGAAUUGAUGAUGCCUCUGGUACUCUAACUAGCAACCUUGGAGAGCAGCUAAUUGAACACCUACAUGGCAUGAUCCUUGAAAUGAAGGAUGAGUUCAAGGAAUAUUCCGCCGCAAAUGGUCGAGAUACCGAGCAGGUACUUGACGCAACGAAGGAUGGGCUUGAGGUUCUGCGGGGACAAAUCGAAUCCUACGUUGACCGUGCUGCCGAUGUAACUGGGAAGGAUGAAAUUAUUGAUACGGUCAAAGAUGGAUUCCGCUUACUCCAGUCUGAUGUUGAGAAGUGUAUUCGGGAGUCCACUGAGAGAAAUCCGUCUGAUACCGUUGAGCUACUUGAUGCUAUGGAGAAGGAGUUUGAGCAUCUUCGUCAGACCCUGAGCAAUCUGCUCAUUCGAUCCAACACCACCUCCGACAAAGACGAGAUCCUUGACGCUAUCCGAGAAAUAAGCGAAAGCGAAGCAUUGAAAAAGAAUACUAGUUCUUCCAGUGAUAAGGAUGAAAUUCUUGGUGCAAUCCGCGGCAUCGGUGAAUCUGAAAGCUUGAAGAAUAACAACUCGGAACUUGCCGAUACCAUCAAAGAGGAGCUCGAACACCUACGUCAGACCAUCUCUAUGGCUAUAGUGAAGCCUGACUCUUCACUUGACAAGGAGGAGCUCUUGUCUGCCUUUAAAGGUCACCUGCAGGAAGUCUUAGAUGAGCAUGACCAGCGUAAGGAUGGUAAUGAGAGUAUUGUGUCAAACACCAAUGAGCUCCUCGACGCUUUUCAUAAUGGUGUGGAACAACUGCGGUCUGAAAUGGAUAAGCUCCAUGAAAGGCCUAUCGAGUUCAAUGAGAAUAAGGAGCUGCUCGAAAAUCUUCGAGACGAAAUUGCAGAGCUUAAGGUUGCGCUGGUCACCCAACUUCAGACACAAGUAGAACGUAUCGACAUCAAUCCGGUUGUUCCGGAGAGAGAGGGCGAUCCAGAUACGGUGAAGAAGAAUGACUUGUUAGAAGUCCUGGAGGCCAUUAAAGAGGUGCAUGGAUCCGUCAUGGAGGCGGCAGCUAGCAGCAAUGCAGCCCGUGAGGUCCUAGAAAAAGAAAAAGAGAGUGAUCCGGAUUCUCUGACGAAGAAUGACCUGGUUGAAGUCCUUGACGCCAUCAAAAACGUCCAUGGCACGGUUAACGAAGUGGCCGCUAACAACAAUGCUGCCCGCGAAGCUCCCGAAGAAAGCACGCCUUCAGUCGGCAAAGAAGAAAUUGAAGCCCUCCAGACACUUUUGCAGGGCAUGAAAACUCAGUUAGAUGAGAUUGCCCCUUCCGCUAGCGCGACUUGGGUCACCGCUGAGAAGGUCGAAGCCCUGGAAACAUUGGCCAAGGAGACUAAAGAGACAAUGAGCGUGUUCGCUACCCAUAUCGAUAUCGAGGGUCCAACCAAAGAGGAUAUCACAAACUUGGAGGGUAUCAUGAAAGAUGUUUGGGUUGCGGUUGAAGACAUCAAAACCGCCCAGAACCCUGAGGAUAAGGAAGACCCCGAAAAGGUGGUGAAGGGAGACGUGAAGAAUCUUGAGACGCUGCUCUUUGAACUAAAGGCCCAGAUAGAGGAACUCGUACUACCUGAUGUCGCAACAUUGCCCACGAAGGAUGAGAUUGCUAAUCUUGCUACUACUGUUAGUGAAUUCAAGGAGAAGAUGGAGGCUGAGAACGAGCUUACAGCCCAAGCAUUCGAAGCACGAAAGGUUGAGCAUGGCGGCCUUGCAGAGAAGAUCGAGGAGGCAAAGCUCUUUAUUGUCGACUUCCGAGAAGACUUCAAAACGAAGCUCACCGAAAGCGAUGGAACACUGGGUGAUAUGAAAACAAUCCUUGAAUGUAUCAACGACUCCACUGAAUCAUUUGCAAAGGCAGAUACUAUUAAGGAACUUUCAGAGCUUAUCAAGCGCGAAUCUGAACGAUCUCACGGUGAUCGGGAGGCCUCUAAGCUUGAAGAGGAGGAGCGAGGGACGACCCUGCUGGCAAAGAUAGAGGAGCACCGCAAUGGCCUGAAAGCAGAUAUUGAAGCAGAAAUCGACAAGAAAUUCCAAGAGGUUAUUACCAAAUACGAAGAUGCACAACUCCUUGCCGAUGCCAAAUUUACAGCAGCGGAAGAGCGAGACGCACAAAAUCUCGAGUCAUUGACCAGCACCAAAACUAUCGUUGAAGAUCUCAAGCUGGUUAUUGCAGGAAUGGGUGAGAGCGUGACCGAGGCCUGUGAGAGAAUGAACGAUGAUGCAAAGACCUUCUUCGGCAGAGUUGAUGAGUCCUUUGUGAAAGUCGAUAACCUGCACGAAGAUAUAAAGACCUUCUCUGGCCGAGUGGAUGAAUCCUUUGCCAAGGUAGAUAACCUACAUGAGGAGGUUAAAUCCUUCUCUGGACGAGUGGAUGACUCCUUUACCAAAGUGGACAACCUACAUGAGGACAUGAAAUCUUUCUCUGGUCGGGUUGAUGAGUCCUUUGGUAAGGUAGAUAAUUUACAUGAAGAUGUCAAGACAUUCUUUGGCCGGAUUGACGACUCGUUCGGAAAGGUGGAUAAACUGCACGAAGACGUCAAGGUACAGCAUGAGGAUAUGAAAGCCCAGUUUGAUAAAGCGGUUGAAGCUACCGACCGCAUCGAGACUCAGAUAUCUCAAUCACACCCUGAGCUUCUCAGUUCCAUCAAGGAAGUCCUUGCUGUGGUUGGCCGGCAUUAUGAGCACUCUCAACAAUCCACUAAAGAUUUGAAGACGGACUUAUGCGCACUACCGAACACCAUCACACCACUUCUACCAGCACUUCUCCCUCCUCCUCCAGAAGUCAAGGAACCACAGUUUGAAAAAUAUGAUGACACCUUGAUGCACGAAAAGCUCGACACGAUUAUUUCGCAUGCCUCUAACACCGACAGCUCCACUGCUCAGAUGGAAAAGCUCAAUGCAUUGCAGGAACAACUCAAUGCAACUGCCCGAGAAGUUAGUGAAAUGAUGGCGUCACAGUCCAAAAAGACCAUCCAGGAUUAUGAAGACAAGAAGGAAGAGGCCAUGGAAGCAGCUCUUGCUCUUGAAAGACGAUUGGCCCAAAAAGAGUGCAUGGAGGCCGAAGUGGCUGCUCUCAAAGAGGAGAAGGAGAGACUCCUUCAAAAUAUCCGGGAGCUAAGGGAAGAAGAAAGCGAUCUUUCACGAAGCAAGAUCAAAUUGGCCAAGGAGGUUGCCGGAAUGGAAACUGCCCUACGCAUCCGGCAAGAAGAAGUCCACCUGAUGGAGGAUCGUGCUGAAGACCUUGAGAGGAGGAUUGUGGAAGGAGUAUUAGACCACGCUCGAAGUCAACUGGUUAGCCGCCAUUCAGGAUCUGACCGGAUGAGCCUGAAGCGUGUUCCAAGUACAGCCAGCACAGCGACUCGCCAAACGACAGCCAGUAUGGCCAAGGGUAGCAGCAUCCUUGGAAGCAGUGUUGGAAUGGCGCUGAAGCGGCGGACCAACAACCGAGCGAAUGGGUCAACUAUGCCCAAUGCAAAGAAUGAACGCCGUAUUCUUAGCCUCAGCAACGUUUCCGGCAACCGAGGAAAUUCGGACCGAAUUUCUGUCGCGUACAGUGGUUCACACAACGGCUUAGCCAGCCUGAAACGUAGUCACUCUGUCAAGACAAACCAAAGCUACCGUCGACAAUCAUGCGAUACUCGGCUGUUUGGUUCAAACAAGGAGAACGAGUCGUUCAGAGAGGAAGAAGAGAGUCUGAGCGAGGCUGAGAUUGCAGCAGACACUGAAUCGUGGCAGGAACCUAGCGAGCUUAGCCAUGCAACCGACGACGAGCAAUCCGAAGUGACCGACACGGCAGAAACUGAAGACCAUGAGUCGAGUCUUCUUGAGUCUGAAGAGGGCGAAGACGGAGAGGACAAUGAGCCCACCUUACACGCCCUUGAAGCGAAAGGCGGUGACAUGGUGCUCUAUCAUCAGCCCACCUACCGACGCAAAGACGACGUUAUAGCCGAAUCUUGGACGUGUAACCUUGAUGAAUUAUGA